CAUACCCAACAAAAAGAAAUCGCGAUAGACACAAUAUUUCAUUCGCAGUCGAGCGUUAUUUUUUUUUAAUAUUUUUUACCAUAUCGUCGUUGAACGUUGAUAAUGCCGUUUCGCGGUCAACAACGAACGUAGUGUAUAAGAUUUAUUAAAAUAUUAUUAUUAUUUAUUUUUUUAUUAUUAUGCAUUGUUAAAUAAUCGGAAUCGUCGGCCGUCAACGAUAAUAUUAUUUCGGUGCCGUGUAAAUUACUCGCGUGUUGUGUGCAUCUGAGCGCGGUAAAUCGACUGAUCUCUCGUCUCGUCCGACGGAAAACUACUUGCUAAAAAAUUAUAAACCGUUUGUCCAAUACAGAUUUGUUGUGUUUUAUUACGUCUGCCUAAUAAAACCGGCGUCGGCACAUUUUCGGUUCUCAGGUGUGUAAAGAAAAAAUAAUCUACCCCAUUGUCUGUCGCCGCACCAGCUUGUCUCAUCAAUCUACGAAUUAAUGUUUGAAUGCAACCUGUUAUGCAGACCGCACGACAUAUGGAAACUUCGGAGGUCGACACAUCUAUUCUGAGUUCGUUGCACAGCAACCGUUACGAUUAUCUGAGAGCAGACGCCAAAGAGCCAAACUUUGGGGAUUCCGCGUUUCUGGCUGAAGACCUCGACAAGGACCUUCCGAAAACCCUGCCCGAGCUGUCCGAAAUCACUGACGCUGACUCUUUUCUACGUAGUAAUGAACCUUCGCAGAUGAUGACGAUCGACAGUUCUUGGAAUGAAGAUUCCGCUUCGUGCUUCCCGACAUCAACCAAUUCCAAUUUUCCCAUACCCCUACAAGGACCAAACGAUUUUGAAGAGUUUAAUGUUCUCAACGCUUCGCGAGCAGACACGCCAAACCUUGGAUUAAACUCUAUUUUCACUGCCGAUGCUGAUCUAUCCGACCCUCCGACUGAAAUAGGCGUCUGUGGCCUUCGCAAUCUCGGCAACACGUGUUUCAUGAGCGCUGGUCUACAAGCCCUCUUAUCAACAGAAUUUUUAGUUUCAUAUUUUUUAAAUUUCGAUACCGACGGAUCUGAAGAUACUUUGAUUGAGCAGUUUGCAGAUCUCGUCAAGCGCGUUUGGCAUGGUCAAUUUAGCAUCAUUAACCCACAUCAGUUCAAAUAUGUUCUUGGCAAACGGUACGCACAGUUCCGGGAUUGUAGCCAGCACGACUGCCAGGAGUUCUUGGCCUUGUUGUUAGACAGUCUGAAUGAUGAGCUGCUAUUGCAUUUUGCCAAACAUUACAAGGCGACUGCAUCUCGCAAGACUCGUAAGUCGUCUAACCCGAGGAAACUCUUGCCACGUGACAUUGAAGAGUCUGCUGUUAGUUCGACCGACUUAGAUUUUACACUAGCUUUGUCCGACAGAAUUAUCGAAAACGGAGACUUGCAACAGAAAAAAAAUAACACUUGUGAGAUAAACGCACUUGUACCUUCAGUUGAUAGCACAAAAUUGGUAUGUGACUCAAACAAACUCAAGACUAAAGUCCGUGUAAACGAUUUGUUGAACGGAAAAAGAGAAAUGUGUUGUGAUUCCUCUUCAGACUCAAACCUCAUUGAUCUUAAGCGAGUAAAACUAGAUGACAAUAUCGUAUUGAAGAGCGAAAUGGUUGAAGCAGACUCGAUAGGGUCUUCUGUGGUCGAGAAACGUCAAGAAUCUGUAAUAAAUAGGAUUUUCCAAGGACAGUUUGAGAGUUCUGUUACAUGUUCAGAAUGCAAAUAUGUUUCUGUUAUGCAUGAACCGUUCAUGUACCUCUCUGUACCUUUACCAUACGCUACUGAACAACAAAUGUAUGUGACGUUUGUUAGCCCAACAAACAAAGCUCCAAUCAAGUACUUGAUUACUGUCAACAAACAGGAUAGUAUCAAAAAGGUUAAAAGCGAAUUAGUUCAUUUGAUCGGUGAAGAUAAAAAUGCUGACCAACUGGUUGUAGCUGAAGUGUUUAACAAACACAUAUCUAAAAUAUUGAAUGAUGACCAUUUAGUGAGAAGUGUGGAUUAUAGUAAUCGAAAUUUGUUUGCUUUUGAAGUGUUGGAAAUUAACACAGAUCUCAUAAACGGUGGAAAAAAUGGAAAACAUUCAGAAGGAGAUCUAUUUGACGAAGUGAUGGAAUUGGAUUCUGGAGCAACGGAACAAGGCGAAACCUGUACUAUAUGUUUAGAGUGUAAACCCGAUAUGGUACACCAUAAAGAUGUUAACAACUGUACUUGCGUGUUGUGUGAAGAAUGUAUCAAAAUGAGUUGUGUACACUCAAGCGGCGAAAAAGACAAAAUGGACUGUCCCGUAUGCCGAGUGCGUAUAGAUCCUAAAGUCGAUUUAGUUCCUGUCGAACAACCUGCAAUUGACGUAAACCAAUCAACACGUCGUUUGACCAUUCCUAUCGUUAUCAAACAAGCUGACGACAAAGGCUUGAUUGGACGACCAGCCUUGGUUCGUUUGCCUAAUGAAUUAUCUGCAGAAUUAUUGUAUGCCGAAGUGGCUAAACUCCAUCCAUACGACGAGGAUUUUUCCUUGUCGUUGGUCGACGGUCAAGGAACCAUGUGCUCAAGGUGUAUGUGGGACACACACUGUAGCGGUUGCCCAAUACCCAAAAGUGGGUCCAUCAAGUUCCACAGUGGGGAUACACUGGCUGUCGUCUUUGAAAGUUUGGUGGACCCCAAUUUACUCGAGACUGAAAUGCAUUCUGGUUCAAUUGAACAAAUGCGAUCAAACCACCCACUUUCCAUUUACGAUUGUAUAAAUGCUUUUAGCCAAAGUGAAAUUUUAGACGAAAACAAUCCUUGGUGGUGUCCUCGUUGUGAGAAGAAUCAGUGCGCUACCAAAACGUUAUCUAUAUCUAAGUAUCCUAAGUGCUUAAUUGUUUAUUUAAAAAGGUUUGUUUUCCAUGAAAACUGGGGUAUUAAACUUCAAGACAGUGUUGUAUUUCCUUUGGACGGUUUAAAAUUGGAUCCUUCAAAAGAUGUUGUUUAUGACUUGUAUGCUUGUGUAUGCCACACAGGAAGCACGUCGAUGGGUCAUUAUACAGCGUACACUAAACAUGCAGAGUCUGACGAGUGGUAUUACUAUAAUGAUGAAACCACCACCAAGACUGAGCCGGGACAAGAAGAUCAUUGUAACGCAUACAUUUUGUUCUACAAGAAACAAGGGUUACUUGACGAUGACGCAGAUUCGUCGGGGCAUUAAAAUAAAAGAAACGGACUGAGUGUAGUCCCAUCAAUUAAUGUACAUAGCAAUUAUACAAUUAAGAAUUUGUAAUUAUAAUUCAUCAAAGGUAAAGGACCCAACAAGUAUUAAUUGUUGGAAAAAUUGUUUGCAGUUUUUAUUACUUA